CUUGUGAUCGCUUUUCGCGCAUUUUGCUUGCGCGUGCUCGCUCGCUAUACAUACAGUAGCGACUUCUCUUUCACUCAGAGACGCCAAACGGACAAUAACAUAAAAUUGUGCAAUCAAUCAAAUACCUAAGAUGGCGACUCCCUCAAAUGGAAGUGGUAAUUUAGUUGAGGAAUUUGAAGAAUCAUUUCAGGCAUGCCUGAACGUGCUGACGAAGCAGGAAGCGUCUCCGAGCGUGGAGAAGGAGGAGGUGAAGGUGGAAGUGGAGCGGUUCAUCGACCUGGCCAGGCAGAUGGAGGCGUUCUUCCUUCAGAAGAGGUUCCUAUUGUCUGCCAUGAAGCCAGAACUCCUGGUGAAGGAGGACAACAACGAGCUGAAGUGUGAACUGCAGAGGAAGGAGGAACUCCUGAGGAGGCACUACGACAAGAUCAGCCAGUGGCAGAACUUGCUAGCUGAUUUACAGGGCCACACAGUGUACAACAAGUGCCAACAGCAGCCGGCGCAGCAGAGCGUACAGCAGGCCGCCUCCCCCGCCCCCCGCCAGCCGCCUAGUGUCCAAGCUGUGCAGGCGCAGCAGAUGGCAGCGGCGGCAGCGGCGCAGCAAGCAGCAUUGCAGCAACAGGCGGCCUUACAGCAGCAACAGGUACCGCGCCCGCCGCACCCCCCCGCGUAUCCCGCGGCCGGCCCGCGCCGGUAGGGACGUAAGGGGCCGUAGUUAGGGGGCGUUGGGGGGCAAUUUGGUAGACUGAUGCAGGGCCGUAGUUAGGGGGCGUUGGGGGGCAAAAGACGUGUUGACACCACCAAUCAAUUGACGUACUUUUUAAAACUGUCAAAACGAAACUCUCCCAUAGAUUUUGUAUGGCACUACAAGCAAGUGACGUCACUAUUUUGUCAACUCAAAUAAACUACUUUUUUCAAUUACAAUGCGACCAAAAAUAGUCAUUUACAGGUACCUAAUUUAAAAUUAAGAAAUUAUUAAUUAAAUUCUUUAGAAAAGUUGAGAUUUCGAAUUAUUGGGGAAUGGUGUCAAAUUGUCUAUUUGGUAGUCGUGACGUAUGCAGGGCCGUAGUUAGGGGGCGUUGGGGAACAUUAAGGGGGAAAUAACUGAAUCUGAUUGGUUAUUCAAAACACGUCUUUGGUGAAAACCAGGCCUGAGACAAGACACGCGCGGGAUUUUCCAUGUUAAUACAAACUUAGCAAUGAUGAUUGAACUUUAAAACCAAUACAAUUUAAGGCAGAUUUUUCAAUCAUCGGAUAUUUUUUCUAUAAAAAAAUAAAAUUGUCAUUUCGACAUAGUCACAGAUUAAAUCUGUGGACAUUGUAUUUCCCACGCAGAAACUGUUAAUAGGCCAAUUUUUUUUUUUAGAUAAACGUUAUUCGAUGGUUGAAAAAUCAGGUCUUAAAAUCUCAUCCACGAAUACAAAAACUUGUGGGGAAUUUAAUAACUAAAAUCUCGUAUGUAUAGCCCGACCAGGAACAUAAAAACCCUCGCCAUGUUGCGGAAAACUAAUGAUACUAAUUUCUUUUAAUGGCAACAGUAACUGAAAACUUCAUUGAUAUGUCACCUUGCAUGUCAGUCUAUUGCUGUCAAAGUGUAAACAAACUUUAUUUUAAAUGUGCGCAAUUGAUUUUGUGAAUUAAAUUGCUAAAAUCUUUUUAUAGUCGUGAAAGAAAAGUGGUUCACAAUGUGUUCAAGUAUUUGUCGAAGAGAAAUACUAAGGGUUCGAACAAUAUUUUCAUUGAAUAAUGUUUCCGACAAAGGUUGUCAAAUUGACUGACAUGUUUAUCGUAUAGUACAGUCCACUAUGAAAAUUAGCUAUGGUUUGUUUCAACUACCUAUUUUAAAAUUUUUUGUCACUUUCUAAGUGUUGAAUUUUAUGGAAUUGGGAAACAACUACCGAGUUUGAUGCGUUCAUGAGCAGACAUUGCAGUUGAAUAUUCAAGUUCUGAAUUUGAUUAUUCAUUAUUAAUAAAAUAAAUCCUACUAGCUCGAUUGAUGGUUUCAUUUAAUUUAUUUAAACCAGGUUACCUAUAAUAAUAUUUUUUCGUUAAUUUAUGAAAAUAUCAAAUUAGCCCGUAAUCCUGAAUCCUGAUACAUAAAGUUAGCCAAUUAAUUUAACACAGGUACGACUGUACUCAGUGUUGCACUAUCAAAUGCAAUUGUCGCGCCUCUAUGCCAGGGUUUUUAUGUUCCUGGUCAGGCUAUACUAUGUACCUGCAAAUACAAUGUUUAAAAUUAUUGAAAAAACCUUCAUAACAUUAAAAUGUUGAUGUUGAAUAUUUAAAAACGAAAAAGUAUUCACAUAGAUGUAUGUAUUUAUCUAUAAGUACCAUUUACAUUAAAGAAACCCAUCUAUUUUUUAAGAAAUUUACCAGUUGAAUGUUAUUAAAAAAGUAUUUUAUUGAAUAGUUUAAAAAUGUUAAAGUAUAGUACUAAAUCUGCCAAAAGCUUUCAUGUUGAGAUAUAAAAUACUAAUUUUGAUGAACUUUUGAAUAUUAAAAAUUGUCCAGAAGGCAUAGUUUAACAUUUUUGUUAAAUAAUAAGACACUUGCGUAAAAAAUAUCUAUUUUUGUACCCAACUAUUUCAACUAACGGAAAACUACGUGUGAUUUUUCAAAUGUUAGAAGAUAAAGUUUUUAUUUAGUUUGACAUUUUAACUGAUUAUUAACAAAAACAUGUCAAAAUAAAUUAGAAAACAAUUGAAUUAAUCGCCCUUAAGUAGAAUAUACCUAAUUUUAAGCUAUUAUUUUGUAAGAUUGCAUCUUUAAUUUAAGUUAUUUUGUUCUGUUCCUAGCAAAUAUAAUUUCUUUAAACCCA